UAUUCGUAGUUGUGGACGUUGUGGAUGUGUGAAAGGUAUGGUUGAUUGUUUUGUGGUUAUGUUGGUGGCUCAGCAGAAAGGAGGGUGAUAUUGCGUUUUGGGAUUGCUGGUCCUCCCUUUCAGCAUGAUGCAGAAUGAACUGCCAAGCCGACCUGCAGUCUUGGCUCAAGUCGGCUCAGAAUUGUGUGUUACAAGUAAUAAGACCAUGUGCUGGUUGGAUACCUUGUCUGCAGAGACGGCGACAGGUGCACCCAGCUGCAUCAAGCCCCUUUGCUGGCAGAGAGUUUAUACAUCUUAGCUCACAUAGAAGAAUCAGGGUUGUCCAUAUUGGUGUAAAUGAAUGUAACUCUAGUGGCUUAUGUGUGAAUGGAGCAGGCACACAUAUGGAGAUUAUGGGACUGCCAUCAGAAGGAUGUCAUUAUACUUCCAAACAGAGACACUUGUCUUUGGUUUCUAACUGUUCAGAAUUAUCAUCAGAGGAAUACUGGUUCACACGAUGGAAUAAACCACUUAGGAUGUCAGACUCCUGCAACUGUUCAUUCAGGAAAUCAUGGAGAAAUUCAUUAAGAGAUUCCAGAAUAAUGUUAAAUCAAGUGGAAGAAAGAAUAAAGAAUGAUACAAGCCAAAUAUUAGAUGAUUCAACAUUACGUGAAGAAUGUGUCGAUCAGGAAGAUAAGCUAUCAUCCAGAAGUUACAAGUUGUUGCAGAUCGAGUCUUUCGUUGAGGAAGUACUUCAAGAGGUGUGGAAUGAAGUGUUCUCAUGUUUGCCACAAAUUGAGCGUAAAGUGGAGAAUUCAUCUCAGUUGGAACUCAGGUGUGUGCCCCAUUGCAAUAGUAUGCAACAUAACAACAGCUCAGAACUUCAUUAUGUAUGCAGUAUGAAAGAUGAACCAGUUGGCAAAAAUCAGUUCAGAAACGACGAUGUUAUUCCUCAUGCUGUAAUUUCUUGCCAUGAGAUACCAGACGAUAAUCAUGCUGUAGAAACUCUUAACCAUAACAUAGAAGGAACACAUAAACAACAGCUAGUUAACACAUCACCAAAAUCUGUUGGCUGUGUAAAUCCCACAUUUUUUGGUUCCAGUAUAAAUCCUGACCUUCUAGAAUAUGCAGUUGUUCCUGGUGCUCCAAGUGUGGAAUGUGAUGCCUUUUUUCUAAGAACAGACUUGCCAGGUUUUGUUGGGAUGGGUGCAGAGUGUUUUGAUGAUCCUGAUUCAGGUUUUAAUACAGUCUCAUUGGAGUGUAAUCGUGCGAUUAAUGCUGACUGUUUUAAGGUUGCCAGUAAACAUUCAGAUGUCGGUCAGCUUUCACAUGUUACGGAAAAGACUCUAACAGAAUCUUAUACUGCCAAUCCAAAUGAGAUUCAUCUGACUGCAUUACAAGCCAGAAUUUCUGCAGAUUCACAGUUCAGUGAUAAAAUAAUUGAAGCCAAAGAUGAUGCACAUGAAUAUAAUCAAACAACUUUUACCUCAGUAGAUAUAAGGUUGCCAGAUACUUGCAGAACUCAAAGUAAUAUUGCAGAUGUUGGGCCUAAGGUACAGAAGUCAGAUAUACAACACAGAAAAAUCAAGCAAUGUUAUCACACAGCUAACCUUAAAAGACUGAAACCGUUGCUUUAUUUUCUGCAUGGAGUUGGAUGCUCGGCAGAUGUGUGGUCUGCAUUGCUUCAGUAUUUUACCGCAGCUGGAUAUGAGGUAGUGGCUCCAGACAUGUUGGGUCAUGGUUAUAGUGCUGCCCCUGAUAAGGCAUCAGCAUAUGCAUUUCACCGUCUCCUGAAAGAUUCCAUUGAUAUAUUUGAUAGAUUUGUUGGAGAGCACCGCAGUUGUGUUGUCAUAGGGCAUGCUUAUGGGUGCAGCCUUGCAGCUGCUCUUGCUCGCUAUAGGGCACAACAAGUGAGCCAUUUGAUUUUGAUCAGUGGAGGUGGACCAGCGCCACUUGCACCCCGAACAGCUGAUAGUCGCCCUCCAUCUAUAUCCCCAUGCCUCCUGGCAUGCAUGAAGCCUCUUCUGAUGUGUGGAUUUAGACGGAAUAUCCUGUAUGCUCCUUGUGGUAAACAUAUUGAAUCAUGCCCUUCAAUGACCAAAGGUGUUCCACGCUAUGUUCUGCAUCAUGUAGCCCAAGGUCAGGACUGGCCAGAAGGUGAUGCCACAUUCCAUCGUCGCAUUCUUGCCCCAACAUUACUGGUUCAUGGUCUUCAAGAUCCAUAUGUUACUUUGGUACAGGAAUGUGAAAUGGAAAGGACAAUUCCCCGAUCAUUCCUUGAGUUGAUACCAGAUGCUGGACAUUUGUCAAUGUUGGAAACUCCUGCUCACCUCAGUCACAUGAUUCAUUGCUUCAUUGAUUGGUGGAGUCGCUGAAGUUUAGUGUGAAUCACUGUAAACUAUAUUGGGGCCAAGUGGCGUGCAGGUUGCUAUUGACUGGCCUGAGAAAGCUGCUUGUCUUGGACAGGGCAUUAUAUGUGGACUCUGUGUUGUUGUGUGCCAGUAAUCUGCCAGUGCCGUAAGUCUUGCUCUGUACAUAUGGCAGAAGGGCAAUACUUGUGUGCCACGAUUACUUGCCUCACUUGGUCUUCUCAUGGAACAAAAUACUCUAUGGACAUUCUUGGGAGAGUGCCCCUUCUUCCAGAAGAUGUGUUAGGUCAGUGAAGCCCUGGUCACUGUGAGGUAGAGCCUUUGCAAGCAAGAGAUGAAGGGUGUAUUUAACAACUGUGUGUAUUUCUUGCUGUGAAGUGAAAACACUGUCUUGCCACUGAUGGUAAAAAUACACUGUACUGAGACCAUGGGAAGAAGUGAUAUGGAUUGACCUAUGUUUCAUCUUGGUUGAAUUAUGUAUUUUCCCCUGCAUCAUACAUCCAUAUAUUGCCUUCUAUUUGUGUAGCCCUUCUGUUCACAAGAAUGUUGGUGCUGAUGACCACAUGAUAACUUUGCUAGCAACAGGUGAUUCAGGCCAGAGGGACUGGGAGAGGAACAGAUUAUACAGCAGAGAAUAGGAAGUCCUGAGGGUUCCCAUCUUCACCAUCCAUGGAAGUUCUUUGUAUGGCCUCAGUAUAGUGGUGUUUUCUAUUUUUUUUCUUGCCAAAUUGUUAAUGAUGUGUGAAAUCUUAAACUGUGAAUGUCCUGAUGAGCUAGAUUUAUUAUUUUUAUUUAUUGCACAUCUUUUGUUCUUAUAACCAAAGUUUUUGUAAUUCAAUUUUACUUUUGUGUAUUUGUAUGGGUUCCAGUGGUCUUUGUAUUGUUGAUAGUUGGCUGUACAAACAAGUAUUGUGUUCAUGUUAAUAAGCAUUUUUAUGUUGGGGAGAGUUAUGUUUUGAUUGAGCUACAAGUUUAUCUUACCCCAUUUUAACAAAUGCUUGUUGUUCAUGUCAUAACAUAUUUAGGGGAAACAGGUAUACACUGGGGCAAUAUAAUGUUAUCCUGAUUGCAGGAACACCAAAACAAAGUGAUUGGAAUGUAACAUGUUAGCAGUUUUUAUAUUUUGACUGGUUAUACACAUUAUCCUAUGGAAAUGUUUGCAGUUGUUAAUUGUAAUUUAUAAGAACGUGUAACAGAAUAUUAAUACAAUAAAAGCUGCCCAAAAUGUGGCAUAGAUUAAACAGAAA